GUACUUGCAGGCAAAUCAAAACAAAAUCAAUAGUUCUGUUCUUUUUGACAAUUGGCAAAUUUCGCGUGGAAAUUUCAUGCCGCGAAGUGUAGACGGUGUAGAUUCUAAUUUUAGAGUUUUUAGUCUGUGAAAAUUAUUAAUAAAAAGGGGAAUAAGAGGGACUGAUAUCAAUUGAGUUGAAGAUAAUGACUGCUCAAACUAUUCUAUUCGAUUUUUCGGUGGAUUCAGAAAAGACUUCUGAUUCCAAACAGCGUCAAGAAAUCGCUAAAAUAGUGAGAGGAGAAGUGGAAAAUAUAUUUCCACAAAUCGAACUUGCGUACCAAAUGACCAUGGAGGAUGGUUUCUUUUGUGUGUUCACGGAAAACAAGGAGACAAUGAUAACUCUGCGCAUUUUCCAACAGGGACUCGUUACAAUGAAUAUUGAAUAUUAUUUGGAAGAUGGAAAAGAGCCGCUGAUGUCCUUCGAUACAAUGCGCACAAUGGAGUUAAUACUACGACAAAAAUUACAUUCUGAUCGUUCCAAGUAUUUACCGCCGAUAAAACGUGGUGGAUAUAUUGACAUAUACAUGACUAGUUCAGAUGAACGAAUCAUCGAGUAUGACAUCGACGCAUUGGUAUUUGAGGAACGUUCACCGUUUCAAAAAAUUCAAAUAUUACACUCAAAAACUCUGGGAAAUAUGUUGAUUUUGGAUGAGUUACAAAAUAUUGCCGAAUCUGAUCUUAUCUAUACUGAAACGCUGAUGGGCCGCGGAAAAGAAAAUUAUGAAGGCAAAGAGAUAUGUAUACUUGGUGGUGGCGAUGGUGCAUUGCUAUAUGAAUUGCUGAAAGAGAAACCAAAAUUCGUGGUGAUGCUUGAAAUUGAUGAAUUAGUGAUGCAAGCAUGCAAUAAAUAUUUAAAUACUAUUUGUGGUGAUGUACUUGAGAAACGCAAGGGUGAUAAUUAUGAAAUUGUAGUUGGUGAUUGUGUGGAUUAUAUGAAGAAAUUCAUUUCCGAAGAUCGCAAAUUCGAUUAUGUCUUUGGUGAUCUCACCGAUAUUCCAAUAUCUGGGGCACCAGUUGGCGAAAUAUGGGAUUUUAUACGUACAAUUCUAGAACAUUCUUUUAAAAUAUUAAAGUCAGAUGGAAAAUAUUUGACGCAUGGAAACGGUACCGCUUGCACGGAAUCUUUGGAAUUAUUUGAAGACCAAUUACGAUUGCUGCGACCAAAAGUCAAAUUUACUACAUCUAAGGCAUUCGUUCCUUCCUUUAUGGAAGAAUGGCUCUUUUACCAAGUAUCUUUAGCUUGACCGCCUCAAAUGAUGGUCAAUUCAACUAGUAUGUUACGCUAUCAAAUGCAGCGGCUAUGUUGUUACAAACGAAUCCCCAAUCACCGCAAUAACUUAAUUAAAAAUCCAUUUAACCUUGGAAGUUUCUAUUCAUUGUUUUCAAAAAAAAUGGAUUUGUUACCAAUAGAGCAUCUUUACCAUUCACGAAUAUCUUAGUUCUCUGAAGAAGUAGCUCGUUAUGCCAAUGUGUCUGCUACAAAUCAUACCAAAUAUGGAUUACCAAUAUAUUUUAAUUAUAGUUGAAAUAUACUUAUUUUGCUAAUAACAGAAAAAUGUUUGUGAGAUGCUUCCUUAUAUUCAUUAAGAUUAUUAUAUAUAUUUAAGUUCAAUUGUAAUUAAAACACAAGGCUAUGUUGAUAAUUCUAGUUACUUACCUCAAUACAAUACAUAUGCAAUAUACAAAUUGUACCAAAAAUUCAAAAAUUACAGCCAUGAAGGUAUUAAUUGUUGAGUACUUAAUGUAACUUAGUUGCUUAAAAUUAAAUAAAGACAAAAGUCGUAUGCAGAAUCUAA